CCACACUCUCAGCACAGUGAACCACAUGGUUGCGUGUGUGGGUGGGACUGAAAAGAAAUCCGCGUUUUUGUUGACACGAGAUGAGCCGCUUUUCUUAUGUCAGUUGGAUGCGGACGUUGUUCUUUUGUGUGAACUGAUCUGGGUAACAGUAUAACAUAACAGUCACAUUGAUCAGGCCAUGCGCUUACCGCUUAGUGGAGUAGGUUACUACUUUUUUUAUGGAUUACAAAGCUAAAUUAACCUGCGGUGACAGAGACAAUGUCUCGUCCGGAAAUCUCUAUAUGUCCGCGGCAAUGUUCUCGGCGGGAGUUCUCGGAAAUUUAAUCGCCUUGGUCCUUUUGGAGAUGCGGCGCCGGAGGCAAAGUCCAACCCUUUUCCAGGUGCUGGUGACCGCGCUGGUGAUUACGGACCUACUGGGUACCUUCUCCGUCAGUCCUCUCGUACUAGCCUCCUAUACACAAAACAGGACCUUGAUGGGUAUGGGUGAAAACGGAGCAGUAUGCAACUAUUUUGGGUUCAGCAUGACUUUUUUCAGCCUCGCCACUUUGGCCAUUCUGUGUGCCAUGGCUUUGGAGCGCUACCUCUCCUUUGGACACCCGUAUUUUUACGAACGGCACUUAAGAAAACGCUGCGGAUACAUCACCAUUACACUCAUCUACCUGAUCUGCAUCCUUUUCUGCCUAGCACCUUUCGUGGGCUUUGGAAAAUACGUUCAAUAUUGCCCGGGGACUUGGUGCUUCUUUGACAUGGUCCCAUUAGAAACCAAACCAAAAGUUUACGUCGGUGUGUAUGCGUCAUUGACUCUCCUCAUGAUUUCUACCACAGUGGUCUGUAACUUAUCUGUCGUCUACCACUUAAUUAUGAUGUAUAGGAGGUGCAAAGCGCGUGUUUUAACGCGACGGAUACGGUUCUACCAAAGAUCCCUCUCUAUGACGGAGGAAGUGGAGCAUCUUCUGCUUUUGGUGUUCAUAACGGUGACCUUUGUCAUCUGUUCGUUUCCUUUAGUGCUCCGUGUGUUCAUCAACUUCAUGGGCAGGUCAAAUGAGAGCUAUGGCACUGAUCUCGCUGCUCUCCGCCUGCUGUCCUUCAAUUCCAUCAUCGACCCCUGGCUCUUCAUCAUCCUCAGCCCCUCGGUGCUGCGCUUCCUCUGGAGGAAGCUGACACUGUGUAAGCCCCAGAGGCCCCUUGAGGCCCCCACAUUCCCACGGAAAAAGGCUUUCCCCGUUGGGCCAAAACUCUCACUGCCAAACCCACCCAUGGAGCUCCAGAACGAGGAAGUGCAGAGAGUGGACAAGACAUAAUUUCAUGCAUAUGGAAUCAGGGGCCAAUGACCCACUCUAGAAGGAUUACAGUAACGAGACCAUUUGAUAUCAGCAGGAGCCUAAGUGGACACAGGAAGUGACUUGACAGAGUAGACAUCCACUGGUUGAAGGGACCCCCUUACACAGUGUGCAAAUAAACAUUUAGUGAGGUGCAGCAUUUUCACUUAUUGACCUCAUGACAGGAGGUUGGAAUAGAUUGAGGAAGAUAUCAGAGAUGUGGAAGGCUGUGGUGCUGACAUGUUAUACCCACACAAUAUGGAUUUGGAACCGGACUUAGCAUUUUGAUGCGUCUACUUAUUUCAUUGCUUCAUUAUAUUUAUAUACAAACUUUAUGAUCAGAAAUGUAUAGGACUGAAAUGUUAAUUUGACCGAACUCCUCCUGGACGAAUGGGUCCAGUAUUUACUAUAUUAAUAAAAGUCAAUAAACAUGA